CUGACCUCGGCUACAACAACUUUCCAAAUCUAUAUUUAACUUAUUGUAGAUAUGUAUAGUUAACUGUUAAAUUCCAGGUUUUGGAAACAAAACUUGUCCCUCGAACAAGUUUAGGGCCUUUAAAGUAAUAUUUAUUUUUCCUGUAACAAUAAAAUAUUGGACAUUGCCUUAACUUCACUGAUGAGGUCAACAACGCUUUGACGAAGGAGGUCAUGUGUCUUUACCCGAAACCGGGCCCCCUUCCCAGAAACUUGGGCCGCGAGGAGUUCCUCCGACAUGGAAUUGUUCUCGGUGUGUCGCCAGAAGUCGAACAUCGGCGACGAAUCCGGGCCUGGGAGAAGAUGAAAGAUCCCGAAAUUGCAAAACUUCGUGACGAUUAUAUAAACGCUUACCUCGACCACACUGUUGCCGAGCUAACAUGGCAUGCAAGACGAGAUUACUACGCUAUCCGAAAAAUUGCACCUCGUGUGGCCAGUUUGCGUCAGGGGCAUCGAGAGUUUGACAUCAAGGUUGAAAACUAUUAUGCGGCCCAGCAACUCAAACAGCUGAAUUUAGUCAUGAAGGAUUCGCGGAUUCGACUGCUGGCGGUGAUCGGUCAGUAUGGACUCGACGAUGUGGGCGAACGAUGUAUUCCUUUGUUGAAAUUGAGGAUGCAGGAGGUACCCAAUUCAAUCAAGAAGGCUAUGUAUUACAUUAAACGGUAUGAGAAUCAUCGACCGAAUGCGGCAAAUCCGAAUGCAGCAAAUCCUAUUGUGGCAAAUCCGAAUGCGGCAAAUCCAAAUCCUAAUCUGAAUCGGAAUGCAAAUCGGAAUCGCCGAAAUCGGAAUGCAAACCCUAAUCCAGAACCGAAUCCGAAUGCAGAUCCGAAUCAAAAUGAAGAUCCGAAUCCAAAUGAAGAUCCGAAUCCAAAUGAAGAUCCGAAUCCACAUGAAGAUCCGAAUCCAAAUGAAGAUCCGAAUCCAAAUGAAGAUCCGAAUCCAAAUGAAGAUCCGAAUCCAAAUGAAGAUCCGAAUCCAAAUGAAGAUCCGAAUCCAAAUGAAGAUCCGAAUCCAAAUGAAGGUCAAAAUCCAAACGCAGAUCCGAAUCCAAAUGAAGAACCGAAUCCAAACGCAGAUCCGAAUCCAGAACCGAAUCUGAAUGAAUGAGAUUGACAAACAAAGAGUGUUCAUCAAGGAGGAUUUUGUGCAAUGAAAUAAAAUACAAUGAACAUUGAA